AGGUCAACAGCGCGCCAUGUUCUUGACGAGGAGUGAGUAUGAUCGUGGAGUGAACACAUUUUCGCCGGAGGGCCGUUUGUUCCAGGUGGAGUAUGCGAUCGAGGCCAUCAAGUUGGGAUCUACGGCCAUCGGCAUUCAGACAUCCGAAGGAGUCGUGCUGGCCGUGGAGAAGCGUGUGACUUCUCCUCUGCUUGACCCCACCAGCAUAGAGAAGAUCAUGGAGCUUGAUAGUCACAUCGGAUGUGCCAUGUCUGGCCUCACUGCAGAUGCUCGAACACUAGUUGACAAGGCGCGGGUGGAGACACAGAAUCAUAGGUUUACCUAUGAUGAGCCCAUGACUGUGGAGUCUUGUACACAAGCGAUCUGUGAUUAUGCUCUUCAGUUCGGUGAAGAAGGGGCGCCAAUGUCUCGCCCCUUCGGUGUGGCGCUGCUGGUCGCAGGAGUUGAUGAGUAUGGACCCUCGUUGUUCCACACGGACCCGUCAGGAACUUUUGUAAAGUACGAGGCGAAAGCGAUUGGUGCGGGCAGCGAAGGAGCUCAAACGGCCUUGCAAGAGUCUUACAGCAGCUCCAUGACACUUGCCGAGGCUGAAGUGCUUGCACUGUCGACAUUAAAGCAGGUGAUGGAAGAGAAGCUGGACAACAAGAACGUCGAGCUCGCGUCUGUGCGAUCAAGUGAUGCAAAGUUCAAGAUCUACUCAACGGCGGAGUUGGAAGCUGUUAUUGAAAGACUCUGAAUGAACCGGAAGACCUGAGACAAUGUCGAGAUGAUUCCCCUUUAACUUUUUCCUCGGAUCCUUGCGACUGAUGAGUGUUUGGGUCAGAAGAAGCUGCA